UGUAUUUCUAUGAGGGGCGUGCUGCCAGCCUGCACAACACACCAGCUCAUCACCGUCGGUAGAAGACACAGACAAGCAAGACUUGACUUCACGUCCACAACAAGGAGAACUAGACGACUUUUAGAAAAACAUUUUUUUUUUUAACCGAGAAAGUUUCUAUCUGGUUGCACUGACAGUCGCUGCUGUAUUUUGUGGCAUAUUUUCCUCUCGCGAGUUGGGACGUAAAAACGGGAUUGAACUAACGAGCAGACAUUUUGUCUUUUUGUUUUGUUUUUUUUCUUAGAUUUUGCACACAGCAAACUUGCCCAACUUGGUUUUAUUGUUAGCUCGUACGUUUUUUUUUAAGUAACAGAGCGAGUGCAAAACGUCAUUCCAAAUGUCUUCCCGAGCGAUGAAUAAUUUUUGAGUGACAGCUUUUUUAGGAGGGGGGUUCGGCUAGCUUAGCUUUGAGGCUUGCUUGGGUUGCUCCAAUAAUGACUUCAAGAGCAAAGCAAAGUCAAAAUUGAGAUUUUUGUCUUGGAAGUAGAGUGUGUGGGGGUGUUUUUGUUUUCGGGGGGUGGUUUUGUCUCGCUGACUAGCUAGGAGUGAGACGCUGGACAGCUCCACUUGAAAGCUUUUUGGGGGGGCACAAAGGAAAAAUAUCAACAAGGAUUUUUCUUCUCGAGAAGGAAAAGACAUCAACAAGGGACUGACAUGAUGUUUCCACAAUCAAGACACUCAGCUUCAUCGCAGCAGCUGAAAUUCACAACGUCCGACUCCUGUGACAGGAUCAAGGACGAGUUCCAGUUCCUUCAAGCACAAUAUCACAGCCUGAAGCUUGAGUGUGACAAGCUGGCCAGUGAGAAGUCAGAGAUGCAGCGUCAUUACAUCAUGUACUACGAGAUGUCCUACGGGCUCAACAUUGAGAUGCACAAACAGGCCGAGAUCGUGAAGAGAUUAAACGGGAUCUGUGCACAAGUCCUCCCAUACCUGUCUCAGGAGCACCAGCAGCAGGUCCUGGCAGCCAUCGAGAGGGCCAAACAGGUCACUCCCCCAGAGAUGAACUCCAUCAUAAGGCAGCAGCUCCAGGCCCACCAGCUGUCUCAGCUCCAGGGAUUGGCGCUGCCAAUGACCCCCCUGCCGCUGGGCCUGAGCCAACCCAGCCUGCCUGCCGUCACCACCUCUUCUGGCCUCUUCUCCCUCUCUUCCCUGCUGGCCUCCCAGGCGCAGCUGGCUAAAGAGGAGAAAGCUUCGCGCGACGCUGCCGAAAGCCACCGCGAAGAGGACGGCGACAAGUCUGACUAAUUGUUGACACCCCAUUCACCUACAACCGAUUUCUCUUUCUCUCUUGAGAUUUUAACACGGAGACCCCGACUUCCGCUCUCUCCACCUAGGCAAAAUGGCCGCCGAGCUUCUCACCAAACUCCGACUUUCUUCAUGUUUCAAUCUUUCUUUUUUUACUGAAUGUUUAAAAGAUGAAGCUUGAUGCUCUUUAUUUCUCUUUCCUUCUGCCUCUCCGUAUUUUACGCACGCGUUACAUGACUGACGCUGCAUUCAAGACUGCUGGGAAGUAAGGAGUGGCACCUUUUGAGCUUUGCGCUCAAAAGUAAAUAAACAAGGGUAAGGCUUGACAAUCGGUGAACCCAUCUUUAAAUUAAUAAUGACUUGAAACGAGUCAAAAUAGAGUGCACUAUGACCUCCAUUCCAAAAAUCUGCACGAGAACAUCAUUGAAGACAAAAUUGUCAAUCAAAGUUUUUCAUGUAACAUCACUGCACUUCUGCCCAAAUAGUGUGCCGCCAUAUUGGCCGUCUACCAAUACUAGUACACGCAUUACACACACAUCGCGCUACACUUCAAUAUUAAUAAUAAUAUCACAUUCUUCUAUAUUAUAAAUGAAUAUACAGUGCCUUGCAAAAGUAUUCGACCCCCUUGAAUCUUGCAACCUUUCGCCACAUUUCAGGCUUCAAACAUAAAG